CCCGGGUCGAUCACGUGGUCUUCCAAGAUGGCCGCGCCCUGGAGCAGCGCUGCGGCCGCUUGACGAGUUGUGUAAGCGGCGCGCUGACAGUUGAGGAGCCGCAGGUCGUGAGUCGCAUCCACAGAGAGACAGAGGAGCGUGUGAACGGGUCCGACUCAUCCCCAGACCCGCAGACAUGAGCAAGGACGAGAUCAUUCUUCCAAAGGACUUUCCUCAGCUCCUGAAUGAUACAUUCCUGCGAGCAGCGCGAGGAGAAGAAACUGGACAUGUCCCAGUCUGGUGUAUGAGACAGGCUGGUAGAUAUCUACCAGAGUUCCGUGAGUUCAGAGCAGGGAAGGAUUUCUUUGAGACAUGUCGGUCACCAGAGUCCUGCUGUGAGCUCACUCUGCAGCCUCUGAGACGUUUUCCCUUCGAUGCUGCCAUCAUCUUCUCUGACAUCCUGGUCGUCCCACAGGCUUUGGGUAUGGACGUCCAAAUGGUGCCAGGUAAAGGUCCGACAUUCCCGGAGCCCCUGAAGGAGCCAGAGGACCUGCAGAGGCUGCGGGUCAAAGUGGACGUGGGCAAGGAGCUGGGCUACGUCUUCAAAGCCAUCACACUGACCAGACACAAGAUUGAGGGCAAAGUGCCGCUCAUAGGAUUCACUGGAGCUCCGUGGACGCUGAUGUCCUACAUGAUAGAAGGCGGUGGCUCUAACACUCACUCUAAGGCGAAGCGUUGGCUCUACAGACACCCUGAGUCCAGCCACAUGCUGCUGAAGAUGCUGACCGACGUGAUAGUGGAGUAUCUGCUGGGGCAGGUGGCAGCAGGAGCUCAGGCCCUUCAGGUGUUCGAGUCCCACGCUGGAAUCCUGGGACCCGUCGAGUUUAAAGAGUUCUCUCUGCCUUACCUCCGAGACAUCGCCCGCCGUGUCAAAGAUAGACUGAAGGAGUCAGGGCAGGAUGUUCCCAUGAUUGUGUUUGCAAAGGAUGCUCACUACGGGUUGGAGGAUCUCUCUCAGUCUCAUUACGAGGUUGUCGGGCUGGACUGGACCAUUGACCCACGCUCAGCACGGGAGCGCACAGGAGGGAAGGUCAGCUUGCAGGGAAACAUGGACCCUUGUGCUCUCUACGCUCCAAAGGAGCACAUCUCCGACAUCGUGAAGAAGAUGUUGGAGGGUUUCGGCACACGGGGCUACAUUGCCAACCUGGGCCACGGCCUUUACCCCGACAUGGACCCAGAGAAUGUGGGCGCUUUUGUCGAAGCUGUUCACCUACACUCUAAACAGAUGAGCAAACAGAUAUAAAGAGAGAUGUGUGCUCGACAGGAAGUCCUGAUGAUUGUGAUGGGAAAAUAAAUGUACAAAAAUGUGAUGUUUUAAUAAAAAGUAUGAAAAGUA